AGGAGUGAGGAUUUCGGAGAUAAUAAUGGCGAACGUGAAGUUGGCUCGCGGGUUGGUGUUGUUUAUGGCGGUGGCUGGGGCGCUGACCAGCGAGGCUCUGACUUGCGGCCAAGUAGCAUCUGCGCUGGGACCAUGCCUGACUUACUUGCAAGGCAAGGCAGGUAAUUCUCCGCCGGCAGCAUGCUGCGCCGGUGUCGGGAGUCUUAACAGUGCAGCCCAAACGACACCGGAUAGGAGAACCGCUUGUCAGUGUCUGCAGAGUGCGGCCAAAGAUACCAACUUUAAUUCCAACCUUGCUGCUAGUCUCCCCGGCCAAUGCGGCGUCAGCAUCCCUUACAAGAUUAGCACCAGCACCAACUGCAACACCAUCAAGUGAAGAAAUUUAGUUGAUACGGCAGGAGAUUGCGGUAGCAUGCAUGCAUCGUCAACAUAAUAAAAA